UUCAAGGUAGCUCCUUCAUCUGUAUGGCAAGAGGCGAGACAGGGAAUGAUAGGAAGAACGGCGCAUCCUUUUGACUGGACUUUUACUUCCAAAUAUGCAGGAAGUGUACAAAAUUGCACGGUGAGUUACAUUAAAUUCAACUAUGCAUUCCUAGAGCUAUUUCGAUCUUGGUGGCAGGUUGAAGUUACUAACGAUCCGAUCGACCUAGAACGUUUGAAGCGUCAGGAGCCGAUAGGAUUCUACGCGCAAGUCACGCUUUAUGAAGACGAGCUAGCUGAUCAUGGCACAGCACAGAUGUCUGUUCGGAUUCGCGUCAUGCCAGAUUUCUUCUUUGUGCUCAUGCGAUUUUAUCUUCGUAUAGACCGGGUAUUGGUACGGGUAUGCGAUACUCGUCUGGUGGGUGAUAACGGCAAAGAUUACAUUAUAAGGGAAUGGAGUCUUCGAGAGGCGAAAGUCGCAGAUUUACAACAUCUUGUAAGUUCCGAAAAUCUGUUAAAAUGUCGGGGAUAUGAAAAACGAGAAAAUCACACCGAUCUCAUCAUGAAUGUUGCUUGUGCUUACCUCAACUUUUUCUACUGCCUCGUGAAUACUAUAAUUGUACAAAUUUAUCUCUCUUUGCUCAUCAUUCACACUUAA